CCAUCAGCUCACAGAAAGUUAUAACAAAUAGGUUUUUUUAACAACUUAUUAUUAGGCCUACUAUUAUUGUAAAUGUUUUCAGCAUUAUAUAGUAAGGUUUUUAUUUCCAUCUUUAUAACUGAUUACAAUUGAUCAUUUCUACACAUAAUCUUAUGUUAUUAAAAUGGACAAACCUUAGGCUAUUUGCUGAUGCAAAACAACUCAAAUGUCACUUACUGCGUGGACAAUUCACCUUGACCAGCCAUUUAUUACAAUGGUACCAGAUCAGGUCUGUGAUUUCAGUUUUUCUCGAAUUCCUGAGUCACCUUUACUGAGGAUCAAACCGGCAGGAUUUGUGUUAGCAACCUAGAUCCUUCACCAUUAAGCCAUCACCACCUCCUGAAGACGGGCGCCAUGGACGCCGACUUUAAAUUAAUUAUUCCUCUUGCGCACACAAACUGUAAUCUGGCGAUAUUUAGCUGAAUGUCAACUAUCUUACAAUUAUUUAAAAAAAAAAAAAAAAAACACCAGUGAUGUUUAAAUCUUAAUCUAAACUUCUCGCCCUUUACACACACAUCGCCCGAAUCUGACCGCAAUGGAAUCGCUCGAGAGGCUUGCUGUUGCUAUACACUCAGGCGAACACAACUUUUAUUUGUUAGCGUUUGUUCGUUAAACCUGCAGUUAUAUGUAAAAUGUAGCCUAUUUGAACUAAGACGCCCCAUCCUUUUGUUUCGAUUUCCUUUAGGGGGGUUCAAGCCUUUAUUCGGGGAGUCUGCUUUCCCCACAUUAUCCUCAAUUCGCAGCCGCGUACUGUGCAAUUUUCUUAAUCUACUCAUUCAUAAACAAUUCGAGUGUCACAUGAAGGCGGGGCUCCCUGUAACUCCAUAGUGACGUGAUGAGGCUUGUCUUGGUUAAACCUACCAAUGAAACAGGCCUUCUUGACUCCACCGGGGCUACGCGCAGCGAAAGGGUGCCGGAUCAUUGCAACGCAAAGCGGCACUCCGCCGCAGGUGAGGCGGGGAUGCAGCAUCGCUACUCGGGAGCCGUCCAUCAGCACCACCACCAUCAACAACAACACACGGAGCAUAAGGGUGGCCCUGGUCAGACCGUACACCCCUUGCCAAAACAGAGCCAAGAGAACCUUCCCAGCCCUUUCAGUCAGGAAACACCGGUCAAAAGCCAAGGGAUCAACCCAAGUCUCGCAGACCGUUCCAAACCCCCCCCAAGUCGGCAGAAGAGUGUUGGAGGGGCUGCCAAAACUGCGAAUUGCCAACAAGAUCAUUGUUCGUGCAGCUGCGUAUUGCAAGAGCAUCAACAGCUGUUGCAGCAGCAGCAGCAUCACAAUCCUCCACCUUCCCUCCAGCUACAGGUUCAGCAGCAGCGGCUGCUGAGGAGCAGCCUGCCCAACUGCUGCGUGAGGGGAUCCGGGGAGCUGAGAAGCCAGCAGCCAGCUUUGCUGCUGCAGCACCGUGACAACGACAGCUUGAGAUCAGGCGAGCAGCGGAAAAUAGCGCAUCACGGCCGUGCGUGGACGCCUGAUAGAUGCCAGGGAACCAGGAACUCCGUUUCGCCGCGGAGUAAAAGCAGCCCGCUGUCAUCUGACAGUCGCCUGUGGUUCGAGGAGAAUAAACACAGAAACGAAGGCUAUAAGGUGAAUGCGGAUGCCAACAGGCUGAGCCAUGCUGGAUCGCGGCCUUCCCUGUCCCACGGCGGCCCACAGUAUCCUCAGAUAGCCAUGAACAGCUGCAAGUACAAUGGGGGCAUAGUCAGACCACUCAGCAGUCUGGGGGCGUCCCGGAGGAACCUAGCAGAGCUGGACUCUGAGACACAGCCUUUGCAGACCCUACACUCUUCCGGCCUUGAGGUGGUGGUCUCCAAAGGGAACGGGGAAGACCCUAGUAAGCAGUCCACUGAGAACCUUGUGAGGCAAAGACCAUGCAGCGCUCCACAUAAGAAGAACAAGGACAUUGGCCAUAAGCUCGGGCACCGGAGGGUGCUGUUCGAAAAACGCAAGCGCCUUAGCGACUACGCCCUGAUUUUUGGAAUGUUUGGGAUUGUUGUCAUGGUGACGGAGACCGAACUCUCCUGGGGAGUUUAUACAAAGGAAUCCUCAUAUUCAUUUGCACUGAAAUGCCUUAUUAGCCUCUCUACUGUAAUUCUGCUCUGUCUGAUCAUUAUGUACCAUGCACGAGAGAUUCAGCUCUUCAUGGUUGACAAUGGAGCAGAUGACUGGCGGAUAGCCAUGACGUACGAACGUAUCUUCUUCAUCGUUUUGGAGCUGCUGGUGUGCGCCAUCCACCCCAUUCCAGGUCAGUACGUCUUCACCUGGACCGCCCGCCUGGCCUUCACCUACACCCCGUCUGUGGCGGAUGCAGACGUGGAUAUCAUCCUCUCCAUCCCCAUGUUCCUGCGGCUGUAUCUGAUUGGCCGGGUCAUGCUCCUACACAGUAAGCUCUUUACGGACGCCUCAUCACGCAGUAUCGGAGCCCUCAAUAAGAUCAACUUUAACACACGCUUUGUCAUGAAGACUUUGAUGACUAUCUGCCCAGGCACGGUCCUGCUGGUUUUCAGCAUAUCAUCAUGGAUCAUUGCUGCUUGGACAGUGCACGUCUGUGAGAGAUAUCAUGAUAAAGUGGAAGUCACCAGUAACUUCUUGGGAGCCAUGUGGCUGAUCUCCAUAACCUUCCUGUCUAUUGGUUAUGGAGACAUGGUGCCCAACACAUACUGUGGGAAGGGAGUGUGUCUUCUUACUGGGAUCAUGGGGGCCGGUUGCACUGCCCUAGUGGUGGCUGUCGUAGCCAGGAAGCUAGAGCUCACCAAGGCUGAAAAGCACGUCCAUAACUUUAUGAUGGACACUCAACUCUGCAAAAGAGUGAAAAACACGGCUGCUAAUGUACUCAGGGAAACAUGGCUAAUCUACAAACAUACAAAGCUUGUGAAGAAGAUUGACCAUGCCAGGGUCAGGAAACAUCAGCGCAAGUUUCUGCAGGCCAUUCACCAACUGCGAAGUGUGAAGAUGGAGCAAAGGAAGCUGAAUGAUCAAGCAAACACACUGGUGGACUUAGCAAAGACACAGAAUGUGAUGUACGACCUGGUCUCAGAGCUGCAGGAGCGCAGCGAGGAGCUGGAAAAGCGCAUCGGUCACCUAGAGACAAAACUGGACUCCAUAAACAACAGUCUGCAGGCUCUGCCUGGCCUGCUCUCACAAGCCAUACAGCAGCAACAGCACCACCUGCUGGACGGGCUGACCCAGCGUGGAUUCACUCUCACGCGCCCCUCCUCACAGACCUCCGAACGCUCCUGGGCCUCAUCCGUUCACCGGCGGAGAUCACCCUCUACCGCACCACACACGUCCUCUGAUAGCGGCUAGCACGCUCACACACUCAAAAUCAUACUCUAAUCCUACACACACACUCCUACACACCUCUAUCACCAACUAACACUGCUAAAUAUACUUUUAGUACUGAAACGUUAAUAAGAAUGACAACUUCAACACACUGGAAUAAAAAUGUAAUGAAUUAACUCAUCAUGGUAGAGAUAUGGUUUAUGUUUAGCCAUUGUAUGGCUGUUUAACGUUAGCUUUUUUGUAAAGCCCUUGUAUAGUAUGGACUGGAUUCAGACUGCAGGGGGUGAAAUUCUGUUUGGAAACAGAAAAUUAAAUGGAGCUAACCUCAUGGAAAUACAGAGGAUUGAGAAGGAAGGAAAAAUGGGAGAGGAAGUCACCAGACAGGCAGACAUUAAAGAUAUAUGCUAAGUUCUGAAUAGCAUACUAGCAUGCUACUUACUCUUACUGCAGUAUAUAUUUGUAUACAGUGUACAGUAUGCAAAUGUUCUGUAUGCAUUAAAAUUCCCUGGCAUUUAUCAGAGAACAGUGCGUUGAAUACCGUACCUAUAUCAAGUUUUCUUUUUCAGUGUUAGUAGUUUUAAGUAUAAAACAUUUUGACAUUAAAACAAGACAUUUUUUACCCAAAAUUCAGUUAACCCUCAUGUUGUCAUUGGUCAUUUCAGACCAAAAAAAUUAUAAAAUGUAUGUUUUGAAAUGUUUACAUUUUUGAAUUCAUUGGAAUGGGGGACUUUUGUGGCACUUGCUAAACAACUAAACAUACAAUCCCUAGUAAAAAAAAAAGUAAUGUAUUUAAAAUACAUUUAUUUCAUACAAAGUAUAGUUCAAAUCUAUUAACAUAUUUACUGACAUAUUGCUUGAGACCUACUGAUAUAAAAAUGAUAUUUAAACUUUAUUUGGAGCACUACUUGUCUACAAUGUACAUUUUUUUAAUAUUAAACCUAAAAUGUGUUUUAAUGUCACUUUUGAUGAAGAUUGUAUGA